AGGAGAUAAAGGGUAUUACUGGCCAUUAGUGUCCUGUGGAUUAUCCUAAUCCAGCCCUCGUGCUGUCAGAGUGGCUACAGUAGAGUGCUUCAGUGUGGUCCUGUCACUGUGUAGGCAUGAAGAUGGAAUCCCAUGGACAGUGUGUUCUGUUGGCCCUCCUGCUUGUGUCUAACGUUCUAAUCCGUGUACACGCCCAGGAGGGGGAGGAGGUGACUGAGACAUGGACAGGACGAGCCUGUAAGUGUGACUGUGAGGGGGCAGAAUCACCAACCCAGUUCACUUCCCUCUCCCCCACCCCACCACGUGUCAUGGAGUGCAUGCCAGAGUGUCCAUACCACAAGCCCCUGGGUUUGGAGGCUGGAUCAGUCAGACCAGACCAGAUCAGCUGCUCCAACGAGGAUCAGUACACUGGCUGGUUCUCCUCCUGGCUCCCCAGCAAUGCCAGACUCAACAACCAGGGCUUUGGGUGUGCUUGGCUGUCUAAGUUCCAGGACAACAGCCAGUGGUUGCAGAUUGACCUGAAGGAGGUGAUGGUGGUGUCUGGUAUCCUGACCCAGGGGCGCUGUGACGCUGACGAAUGGAUCACCAAGUACAGCGUCCAGUACCGCACCGACCAGAAUCUCAACUGGAUCUACUACAAGGACCAGACGGGGAACAACAGGGUGUUCUACGGGAACUCGGACCGCUCCUCCUCGGUUCAGAACCUCCUGCGUCCUCCCAUGGUAACUCGCUACAUCCGUUUGCUCCCUCUGGGCUGGCACACACGUAUCGCCAUCCGCAUGGAGCUGCUGCUCUGCAUGAGCAAGUGUACCUGAUUCUGUCUGUCCUGACGACCAGGGUCACACUCAGCAGGGUACAACACCAUGGAACGUUCAGACAGAACAUGUAAUGAAUAGAACUGACAUGAUUCUACAUGACUAGAAGUCAUAUUGGUUCUACACAAUAUAUUUCUAUGUGACGGUCCUGUAAUGAUACACCAUCCUGAACAGGCCCAAGGAGAGCCCUGGUCGUUCCCCUGGUCGUUCCC